AUGAAUAAAAAUGAUACCACUAAUAGUAAUUCUACCAACGCUGCCCCUAUUAACGUACAUGACAAUGAACAAUUAGAAUAUAAAUUACAAUUUUUAAAAUUAAAAAGAAUUAUUGAAUUGAAUAAUAGAUUAAAACAACAAUUAGUCAAAGAAAGAAUAACGUCUUCCAACGCAUGUUUGAGUCUAAUAGACUAUACUACAACAACAAUUGAUUAUAUGUUACCCACUCUAUGGGGAUAUCCAAAGGUAAAUUCCAACCCGUUAAAUAACCGGCCAUUAAAUGAGUAUUCCAACCAUAAGAGAUUUAAUAAGAAAGAACAUGGGAGUGUGCAAGGUGGUUGCUGUGAAAUUAUGUAA